AUGGUGAUACAAAAAAGGGGCUCAGUCACAAAGCUGUUUGUGCUGAACAGCUGUCUUUCUCUAACAAUGGAAGAAACUGAACUCUGCUUUCCACAACUAUUCAACUCCUCUUGUGUGCGGCAAAAGCGCCCACAAAUUGAGGCUGUGUGUAUUUACACCCUGCUAUCAUCUAUCUCUCUGCUUACUGCAGUACUGAACCUACUUGUCAUCAUCUCCAUCGCUCACUUCAAGCAGCUGCACACCCCAACCAACCUCCUCCUCGUCUCUCUGGCCGUCUCAGAUUUCUUCGUGGGCCUCAUCAUGGCUUUUGAGAUUAGUCUCCUAGAUGGCUGCUGGUUUCUUGGUGACCACAUGUGUGCUCUGUAUAGCAGUUUAGAUUACAUUGCUACUUCUGCUUCAGUAGGAACUAUGGUACUCAUAUCAGCUGACCGCUAUGUAGCCAUUUGUGACCCUCUGCAUUAUCCCACCAAAAUUACUAUAAAAAGAAUCUCAGUCUGUAUUUGUACUUGCUGGGCUUGUUCAAUUCUGUAUAACAGUCUUAUCAUGAAGGAUAAUUUCAAGCAGCCAGGGAGGUAUAAUUCUUGUUCUGGUGAUUGUGUACUGUUAAUAUCUUAUCUUGUAAAGACAUAA